AAGCAAAUUCAUAGUUGUGGUUCACGUAUGCAGCAAACAAGACUAGAGGCAACCCUCAGAAGCUCAGGAUUGCGAGUAUCUUCACCAUAUUGUCGCAAUACUCUUGAUUCAAGUGGAUUUACGGACUUCGGUUUUACCGGUGUUUGAAUCCAGAGCGUCUUUUUCGGUUGAGCGGUAACUGAAGUGAAGGCAACUCGCGUGUGAAUUACUACUGGAAACAAUAACGUUUUAGUAGACUACAUGGAUUUUCCGUCGGUUGUCAAUACUUGACCCCGCUUUUUAUCGGUUUACUACCAUACAGUUUGGGGCCAACGUAGUUAUUUGUUCAAGGAAAUGUGAGCUCAAGAAAGAUGAUGACCUGAGGCUGUCCCUAAUUCCUGUUUACAUGAAGUAGUUCAACUAUCAAAACGUCCUCAAGACAGCGGAAAGGAAACGGACUAAAUUAAUUGUUGGCUACAUUGUAACAUUUCAAGCUGGCAAGUAAUGCCACUUUUUAUUUUCUAUGUCUGCUGAGUAUCCCACAGAGGAACCAAAACGCGCUCGUGACCGAGAGGGAACGGCCAAUUAACUUUGAUUUUGGGCACCAUCGAUGAGGACGCAGCAGUGAACUGACGAGUCACACAUAGAAACCCCCCAGUCCCUCCCACCACCAGCCCCCCUCCCCUCCCUCUGUCCCUCUCCCCUAUUCCUGGCCCCUCUCCCCCACCCCAGACUCACCAUGCUGAUCAAGGAGUACCGGAUCCCAAUGCCAAUGAGCGUGGACGAGUACCGCAUCGCCCAACUCUACAUGAUCCAGAAAAAGAGUCGGGAUGAGACCUGUGGCGAGGGCAGCGGAGUGGAGAUCUUGGAGAACAAGCCAUAUGAGAACGGCCCAGGGGGAAUCGGCCAGUACACCCACAAGGUUUACCACAUCGGCAUGCACAUCCCCAGCUGGUUCCGCUCCAUCCUGCCCAAGGCAGCGCUCCGGGUAGAGGAGGAGUCCUGGAACGCCUACCCCUACACCCGCACAAGAUAUACAUGUCCCUUUGUUGAGAAGUUCUCCAUUGACAUUGAGACGUACUACAAGCCAGACACAGGAAACCAGCCAGACGUCUUCAACAUGUCCCCAGCCGAGAAGAGGCUAAGGACUCUGGACCCCAUCGACAUUGUCAAAGAUCCCAUCACUCCACAUGAGUACUUGCAAGAGGAGGACCCUCGGAUCUACAGGUCAGACAAGACCAAGAGAGGCCCUCUGCAGGAGGACUGGAUCGAGGAGUACAACAACAACCCGGGGAAGACGCCCAUCAUGUGUGCUUACAAACUGUGCAAGGUGGAAUUCCGCUACUGGGGUAUGCAGUCCAAGAUUGAGCGCUUCAUCCAUGAUGUAGGGCUGAGGAAGGUGAUGGUGCGGGCCCACCGGCAGGCUUGGUGCUGGCAGGACGAGUGGUAUGGCCUGACCAUCGAGGACAUCAGGCAGCUGGAGCUGGAGACCCAGUUGGCCCUUGCCCAGAAGAUGGCCCAUUUCAGCCAGACAGAGGAGGCCACCGAGGCCAAUGGAGCUGUUUCAUCCCCAGACAAGAAUCAGGAGGUCAAGGAUACCAUCAACUCUUUAGAAGCUGAGGAGGUGGUCAGUGCAGGGGGCGGGGGAGACACUCUCCAAACAAAACGAGCAGGGCUCACAAAGCAGUGGUCCACCUCCUCCAGAUCCUCCCGCUCAUCCAAGAGAGGAGCGAGCCCGUCACGCCACAGCCUCUCUGAAUGGAGGAUGCAGAGCAUUGCACGAGACUCCGAGGACAGCUCAGAGGAGGAGUUCUUUGAUGCUCAUGAGGACUUGUCAGGUGAUGAAGAGGUCUUUCCCAAUGAGAUUGCCAAGUGGAACUCUAACGACCUCAUGGACAAGAUUGAGUCGGCUGAUGCAGAAGACACCCCUGGAGAGCUAUACAAGGACAUGGCAGGGGACUAUGAAAGGGAGGCCGGUGAUGAGAGACUAGAUGAGGACCUCUCCCCUCAGCAGUGUCUGCAGCCUUCUAAGAUCCACGUGCUGAUCCUGGUGCUACAUGGAGGCAACAUCCUGGACACAGGAGGAGGGGACCAGACCAGUAAGCAGGGCGAUGUCAACACCAUCAGCACUGCCUUUGACACAGUGAUGCGCUUGCACUAUCCCACCGCGCUGGGACGAAUCGCCAUCCGCCUGGUGCCCUGCCCUGCCAUCUGUGCUGAGGCCUUCUCCCUGGUGUCCAAUCUGAGCCCGUACAGCUAUGAUGAGAGCUGUCUGUCAAGCAGUCAGGACCACAUCCCCCUGGCUGCCCUGCCUCUCCUGGCCACCUCCACCCCCCAGUACCAGGAGGCUGUGGCCACCGUCAUCAUGAGAGCCAACCAGGUGUACAACGACUUCAUCAGGUCCCUGGAUGGGACAACCUUCUCUGGCCAGGUGUGCUUGAUUGGGGACUGCGUGGGAGGGAUCUUGGGGUUUGACGCCUUGUGUAUCAGCAACCAGACUAUUGGUGAGAGCCAGAACAGCAGCCGCAGGGGAAGUGUAAUCAGCGUACAGGACCAGGACCUCCUCUCUCCAGGGAUCAUCAUCAACAGUGGGUAUGGCUCUGCCUCUCCCACCCUGGAGAGCAGCCGCCACCUGAGCCGCAGCAACAUUGACAUCCCCCGAUCAGGAGGACCAGAUGACCCCAAGAGACAGCUGCCCCGGAAGACGAGCGACUCCUCCACAUAUGAGUUGGACACCAUCAAACACCACCAGGCCUUCCUGACUAGCCUCCACUCCAGUGUUCUGCGGACCGACCCGUCCUCACGCAGGUCCAGCAGCAGCACCUUUCAGGAUGCAGGCUCUCAGGGGAAGUUUGAAUUUGAGGUGGCAGACUUCUUCCUCUUUGGCUCUCCUCUGGGCCUUGUCCUCGCCCUGAGGAAGACUGUCAUUCCUGUGCUGGACGUGGCCCAGCUGCGCCCUGCCUGCCAGCAGGUCUACAACCUGUUCCACCCAGCCGACCCCUUGGCCUCGCGCCUGGAGCCCCUCCUGGAGAAGAAGUUCCACCUCCUGCCCCCUUUCAAUGUUCCCCGCUACACACGCUUCCCCCUGGGGGACGGCAACUCCGCUCUACUGGCGGAUUUUGUUCAGUCUCAUGGUGGUGUCUUCAUGGACAGUUCGUACCCCUCCUCCCCCGUUACGGGCCCCCACUGCCGGGGCCUGCGGAGGGCCAGUGAGGUCAGCAUUGCCAGCCAGGUCUCAGGAAUGGCAGACAGUUACACUGCCACCAACAUAGCCAACAUCGCAGCUCGUUGGUGGGGCACCAAGCGUGUGGACUUUGCCUUGUACUGCCCUGAUGCACUGACAGCCUUCCCCACAGUGGCACUACCGCACCUCUUCCAUGCAUCCUACUGGGAGUCCACUGAUGUAGUGUCCUUCCUGCUGCGACAGGUUAUGAGACAUGAAAACUCCAGCAUACUGGAGCUGGAUGGUAAGGAGGUGUCAGAGUUCACUCCAUCUAAACCCCGGGAGAAGUGGCUCAGGAAGAGAACCCACGUCAAGAUCAGGAAUGUGACAGCCAAUCAUCGUGUAAACGAUGCAGUGUUCACAGAAGGUGGGCUGCAGAUCGUGACUGGCCGCUUCAUGUACGGACCUCUGGACAUGGUCACACUGACUGGGGAGAAGGUGGACAUCCACAUCAUGACACAGCCCCCGUCUGGAGACUGGGUGUACUUUGACACGGAGCUGACCAACAGCGGUGGCCGUGUGUCCUUCAUCAUCCCAGAGAGCAAACGGCUGGGGGUUGGUGUCUAUCCGGUCAAACUGGUGGUCAGGGGGGAUCACACAUUUGCAGACAGCUACCUGACAGUGCUUCCCCAUGGGACAGAGUUUGUUGUGUUCAGUAUAGACGGCUCAUUCGCUGCCAGCGUGUCCAUCAUGGGGAGUGAUCCCAAAGUUCGAGCCGGAGCAGUCGAUGUGGUCAGGCACUGGCAGGACCUGGGCUAUUUGAUCGUCUAUGUGACGGGGCGUCCAGACAUGCAGAAGCAGAGAGUGGUGGCCUGGCUGUCUCAGCAUAACUUCCCCCAUGGCAUCGUCUCCUUCUGUGAUGGCCUGGUCCACGACCCACUCAGACACAAAGCCAACUUCCUCAAGUCACUCAUGGAGGCUCACAUGAAGAUCUUUGCUUGUUACGGUUCUACCAAAGACAUUGCGGUCUACACCUCCAUCGGCCUCUCUCCCUCCCAGAUCUACAUCAUUGGCCGAUCCUCCAAGAAGAUGCAAGCUCAGUGCCAGUUCAUUACAGAGGGCUAUGCGACCCACCUCUCUCAGCUGGAGUACAACCAGUGCUCUCGGCCAGCAAAGACUAGCAGUGCCCGCAUGGUCCUACGGAAAGGCAGCUUUGGUCUGGGUGCAAAAAGCGACUUCCUACGGAAGCGGAACCAGCUGCUGCGCACCAUCUCCGCCCAGCCGGCCUCCAGCUUGCCCAGCGGCAGUGGCCACAGUAGACCAGAGCGCACACAGAGCCAGUCAGACAGCCACAGCCAGCAUGGCCCUGGACCAGCCCAGCGCAGCAUGAGCAUUACAGCAGGCUGCUGGGGCCGCAGUGGUAGCACCAAGCUGGAGCCUGGGGUGUUCAAACCAAAGUAGGAGGAUGAAAUUGAGCAAGGACAAAGGUGAUGAGGAAAGGGAAAAACUGCAGAAAGAGAAAUUCAAGAAAUUAAGAUUGAGAUGACCAGAGAAUAAUUUAAAGACAGGGGAGAGUGAGAUGCUGGUCGUAGGCUUUCAAAGCUCUAAAUACAGAGACAGGAAGAAGAAUGAGAGAAUACAUGCGGUAAACAGGUCAAUGGAACUUGGGGAAAGCGCAAGCUGAUCGAACAAAGUGGAUAUUCGGCAAAUCCAUCAGGAUUGAUGUAUUCUAACAGGCCCACAAUGUGGUUACUAAAAUCCGAUUUGGAUAUAUUUGGCUGUUUUCGCUGCAUAAUAUAUAAAUAUCUGAUAAAUGCUAACUCUGGUUCAAAUAUAUGGUAGUAACGCCAGCCAUAUGGAAAUCGUUGGUGGUAAUUGAAGCCGUUUUUAAGUGUAAUGCUUGGUGACAUAACAAUGUAUUGGGGUUGACAUCCAUAUAAGCAUUAUACUCCAAAUUAUAAACUGGGUGGUUUGAGCCCUGAAUGCUGAUUGGCUAACAACCUUGGUAUAUUUAACCUUUAUUUAACUAGGCAAGUCAGUUAAGAACAAAUUCUUAUUUACAAUGACGGCCUAGGAACAGUGGGUUAAUUGCCUUGUUCAGGGGCAGAACGACUGAAUUUUACCUUGUCAGCUCAGGGAUUCGAUCUAGCAACCUUUCGGUUACUGGCCCAACGCUCUAACCACUAGGCUACCUGCGGCCCCGGUAUAUCAGACCGUAUACCACGGGUAAGACAAAAUAUUUAUUUUAACUGCUCUAAUUACAUUGGUAACAAGUUUAUAAUAGCAAUAAGGCACCUCAGAAGUUUGUGGUAUAUGGCCAAUAUACCAUGGCUAAGGGCUGUGUCCAGGCACUCCGCGUUGCGUCGUGCAAAGGACAGCCCUUAGCCAUAUACAGUUGAAGUCGGAUGUUUACAUACACCUUAGCCAAAUACAUUUAAUCCUAGUAAAAAUUCCCUGUGUUAGGUCAGUCAGGAUCACCACUUUAUUUUAAGAAUGGGAAAUGUCAGGAUAAUAGUAGAGAGAAUGAUUUAUUUCAGCUUUUCUUUCUUUCAUCACAUUCCCAGUGGGUCAGAAGUUUGCAUACACUCAAUUAGUAUUUGGUGGCAUUGCCUUUAAAUUGUUUAACUCGGGUCAAACGUUUCGGGUAGCCUUCCACAAGCUUCCCACAAUAAGAUGGGUGAAUUUUGGCCCAUUCCUCCUGACUGAGCUGGUGUAACUGAGUCAGGUUUGUAGGCCUCCUUGCUCGCACAUUCUUUUUCAGUUCUGCCCACAAAUAUUCUAUAGGAUUGAGGUUAGGGCUUUGUGAUGGCCACUCCAAUACCUGGACUUUGUUGUCCUUAAGCCAUUUUGCCACAACGUUGGAAGUAUGCCUGGGGUCAUUGUCCAUAUGGAAAACCCAUUUGCGACCAAGCUUUAACUUCCUGUCUGAUGUCUUGAAAUGUUGCUUCAAUAUAUCCACAUCAUUUUCCGUCCUCAUUAUGCCAUCUAUUUUGUGAAGUGCACCAGUCCCUCCUGCAGCAAAGCACCCCCACAACAUGAUGCUGCCACCCCUGUGCUUCACGGUUGGGAUGGUGUUCUUUGGCUUGCAGGCCUCCCCCUUUUUCCUCCAAACAUACAGUGAGGGAAAAAAGUAUUUGAUCCCCUGCUGAUUUUGUAUGUUUGCCCACUGACAAAGAAAUGAUCAGUCUAUAAUUUUAAUGGUAGAUUUAUUUGAACAGUGAGAGACAGAAUAACAACAAAAAAAUCCCAAGUCAAAAAUGUUAUAAAUUGAUUUGCAUUUUAAUGAGGUAAAUAAGUAUUUGACCCCUCUGCAAAACAUGACUUAGUACUUGGUGGCAAAACCCUUGUUGGCAAUCACAGAGGUCAGACGUUUCUUGUAGUUGGCCACCAGGUUUGCACACAUCUCAGGUUGGAUUUUGUCCCAGUCCUCUUUGCAGAUCUUCUCCAAGUCAUUAAGGUUUCGAGGCUGAUGUUUGGCAACUCGAACCUUCAGCUCCCUCCACAGAUUUUCUACGGGAUUAAGGUCUGGAGACUGGCUAGGCCACUCCAGGACCUUAAUGUGCUUCUUCUUGAGCCACUCCUUUGUUGCCUUGGCCGUGUGUUUUGGGUCAUUGUCAUGCUGGAAUACCCAUCCACGACCCAUUUUCAAUGCCUUGGCUGAGGGAAGGAGGUUCUCACCCAAGAUUUGACGGUACAUGGCCCCGUCCAUUUGAUGCGGUGAAGUUGUCCUGUCCCCUUAGCAGUAAAACACCCUCAAAGCAUAAUGUUUCCAGCUCUAUGUUUGACAGUGGGGAUGGUGUUCUUGGGGACAUAGGCAGCAUUCCUCCUCCUCCAAACACGGCGAGUUGAGUUGAUGUCAAAGAGCUCCAUUUGGGUCUCAUCUGCCCACAACACUUUCACCCAGUUGUCCUCUGAAUAAUUUUGAUGUUCAUUGGCAAACUUCAGAUGGGCAUGUAUAUGUGCUGUCUUGAGCAGGGGGGCCUUGCGGGUGCUGCAGGAUUUCAGUCCUUCACGGCGUAGUUUGUUACCAAUUGUUUUCUUGGUGACUAUGGUCCCAGCUGCCUUGAGAUCAUUGACAAGAUCCUCCCGUGUAGUUCUGGGCUGAUUCCUCACCGUUCUCAUGAUCAUUGCAGCUACACGAGGUGAGAUCUUGCAUGGAGCCCCAGGCCGAGGGAGAUUGACAGUUAUUUUGUGUUUCUUCCAUUUGUGAAUAAUCGCAUCAACUGUUGUCACCUUCUCACCAAGCAGCUUGGCUAUGGUCUUGUAGCCCAUUCCAGCCUUGUGUAGGUCUACAAUCUUGUCCCUGACAUCCUUGGAGAGCUCUUUGGUCUUGGCCAUGGUGGAGAGUUUGGAAUCUGAUUGAUUGAUUGAUUGCUUCUGUGGAUAGGUGUCUUUUAUACAGGUAACAAGCUGAGAUUAGGAGCACUCCCUUUAAGAGUGUGCUGUUUAACUCCCUUUAAGAGUGUGCUCCUAAUCUCAGCUCGUUACCUGUAUAAAAGAUACCUGGGAGCCAGAAAUCUUUCUGAUUGAGAGGGGAUCAAAUACUUAUUUCCCUCAUUAAAAUGCUAAUCAAUUCAAAACAUUUUUGACAUGCGUUUUUCUGGAUUUUUGUGUUGUUAUUCUGUCUCUCACUGUUCAAAUAAACCUACCAUUAAAAUUAUAGACCGAUCAUUUCUUUGUCAGUGGGCAAACGUACAAAAUCAGCAGGGGAUCAAAUAUUUUUUUCCCUCACUGUAACAAUGGUCAUUAUGGCCAAACAGCUCUAUUUUUGUUUCAUCAAACCAGAGGACAUUUUUCCAAAAAGUAGGAUCUUGGUCCCCGUGUGCAGUUGCAAACCGUAGUCAUUUUAAAAAAAAAAAAUGGCAGUUUGGAGCAGUGGCUUCUUCCUUGCUGAGUGGCCUUUCAGGUUAUGUCGAUAUAGGACUCGUUUUACUGUGGAUAUAGAUACAUGUUUCCUCCAGCAUCUUCACAAGGUCCGUUGCUGUUGUUCUGGGAUUGAUUUGCACUUUUCAUACCAAAGUACGUUCAUCUCUAGGAGACAGAACGCGUCUCCUUCCUGAGCGGUACGACGGCUUCGUGGUCUCAUGGUGUUUAUACUUGCGUACUAUUGUUUGUACAGAUGAACGUGGUACCUUCAGGAGUUUGGAAAUUGCUCCCAAGGAUGAACCAGACUUGUGGAGGUCUACACUUUGUUUCUGAGGUCUUGGCUGAUUUCUUUUGAUUGUCCUAUGAUGUCAAGCAAAGAGGCACUGAGUUUGAAGGUAGGCCUUGAAAUACAUCCACAGGUACAGCUCCAAUUGACUCAAAUGAUCAGAAGCUUCUAAAGCCAUGACAUCAUUUUCUGGAAUUUUCCAAGCUGUUUAAAGGCACAGUCAACUUAGUUUAUGUAAACUUCUGACCCACUGAAAUUGUGAUACAGUGAAUUAUAAGUGAAAUAAUCUGUCUGUAAACAAUUGUUGUAAAAAUGUGUCAUGCACAAAGUAGAUGUCUUAACCGACUUGCCAAAACUCUAGUUUGUUAACAAGACAUUUGUGGAGUGGUUGACAAACAAGUUUUUUUAUAACUACAACCUAAGUGUAUGUAAACUUCCAACUUCAACUGUACCACACCCCCUCGGGCCUUAUUACUCAAUUUUACCCCAACAUUGUGUUAAAUACAUGUAUUAUAGCACAAACAAUAGCAUAAAUGUAGGUUAAUUUUGAUGGGCAACAAUGAGGAGAUUGGGAAGGGGUGGUUGUGUGUGUGUGGUGUUUCCAAUGUUUUGGUCAAAUUCCAUUGAUCUCUUUGCCACAUCUAUACAGCAUUGAAAAACGUUGGUGCUACGAACCAGUCUUUAUUAAAGCAAUACCAUCAAUAUACCUGAAUCAACCAAAACAACCACAGGCGGAGGCGGAGGCAAUGUCUCUUUUUUUCUUCGGACAUUGACACAAUGGAGAAAAGCCGUUUAAGAAGCAUCUUAUUUAAGCAAGGAACAUGCAUGCACAAUACACAAACAAACCUCUGGCCAACAAUAGGAAGAGACUCCUAAAGAAAGAGACUUGGACUGUUUCCGAGUUGCAUAUUGUUCUAGUUUUUAUUUAUCAUAUUCAUCCUAUAUGUCUUUAAUACCAUAUCGAUAUACACAGUGUGUCUCCUGGACUCCAGCGUCCUCAUGCUGCCAGUUUGGUUUAACUCCUGAUAGAUCCAUGUUCCCCAUCUCCCACCCUGGGUUAUGCAGGUGGGUUGUAUCCUCCCUGCACCAUGACACAGUCUAGUCUCCAGAACCUCACACAUACAGCCAAAAUAGAAUUAUAGCAGUGCAUCAGCAGCUGCAAUACUCAAGUCUGUAUACCAAUUGCGCUUUGAUUACAGUUGAGACCCCAAUCAUUGUCUGUUUUAUCAUACAGAACAUGUUACAUUAUAGUCCACUGUAAUCAUUGCCUUUAGUAUAUUUAUGUAUAUCACUUGCAGGGCAAACUUGUAUCAUUGUAAGAUGAUGUGCCAAAGUAGGCAGUAUGCUCAAUUUACUACUGCACGUGAAGGGAGAAGCUAAAUGGAAGAUGUCUGUUGAGACAGACUGAAACUGCUCUGUGGACCUUGUUUGGGUUGAUUGAUGGUAUAGUUGAAGAUAACCGAGGCUUGUAUAUAAUAUUGUAUGUAGAGCUGAGGUCAGGCCUACCAAGGGGCAAUUCUCUGGUAUCCUCUUCACACUGAGGAGAUACACAUUCAGGAUACACCUUUUUAUUAUUAUUUAACAGGAUACAUAGAUAUAAAUGUAUAUAUUCAUUUUUUGUGAAUAGAAAAACAAUUGUUUUAGUUCUUCUAACUACAUAGUGUUUCAUUUUUUUAUGUUCGUAUCUCAUGCAAUCAUCCGCAGCAGCCAAUACACAGCAGGGGUAUUUGUCUUGCAUAGUAUUGCAUUUCUACCACAUCGACUGAUCAUGCAAAUGGAAAGACUUGUGUUAAUGUAUCUGCUAUCUUAAUGUGUCAUAUGUUUAUUAUGAUAUCCACUACAUGACUAAAUGUAUGUUGACACCUGCUCGUCAAACAUCUCAUUCCAAAAUCGUGGGCAUUGAUAUGGAGUUGGUCCCCCCUUUGCUGCUAUAAUAGCCUCCAUUCUUCUGGGAAGGCUUCCCACUUAAAUGUUGGAACAUUGCGUCCAUUCAGCCACAAGAGCAUUAGUGAGGUUGGGCAAUUAGGCCUGGCUCGCAGUCGGCGUUCCAAUUCAUCCCAAAGGUGUUCAAUGGGGUUGAGUUCAGGGCUCUGUGCAGGCCAGUCAACUUCUUCCACACCGAUCUCGACAAACCUUUUCUAUAUGGACCUUGCUUUGUGCACGGGGGCAUUGUCAUGCUGAAACAGGAAAGGGCCAUCCCUAAACUGUUGCCACGAAGUUGGAAGCACUGAAUCGGCUAGAAUGUUAUUGUAUGCUGUAGAGUUAAGAUUUCCCUUCACUGGAACUAAGGGACCCAAACCAUGAAAAACAGCCCCAGACCAUAAUUACUCAUCCACCAAACUUUACAGUUGGCACUAUGCAUUUUGGCAGGUAACGUUGUCCUGGCGUCCGCCAAAUCCAGAUUCAUCUGUCUGACUACCAGAUAGUGAAGCAUGAUUCAUCACUCCAGAGUACGCGUUGCCAAAGCUUUACACCACACCAGCCGACUCUUGGCAUUGCGCAUGGUGAUUUUAGGCAAAACCUAUUUCAUAAAACUCCCGACGAACAGUUUGAUUAGAUUUUUACGUUCUACACGCUCUAGCACUCGGCGGCCCCGUUCUUGUGAGCUUGUGUGGCCUACCACUUCGCGGCUGAGCCGUUGUUGCUCCUUGACGUUUCCCCUUCACAAUAACAGCACUUACAGUUGACCGGAGCAGCUCUAGCAGGGCAGAGAUUUGACGAACUGACUUGUGUGAAGGUUUGUCUAUGGAGAUUGCAUGGCUGUUUACUCAAUUUUCUACACCUGUCAGCAACGGGUAUGGCUGAAAUAGCCGAAGACACUAAUUUGAAGGGGUGUCUACAUACUUCUGUAUAUAUAGUGUAUUUUGAAAGUCAAUAAUUUCCUGAGCUGUAAAUGAGGCAUUCAAUGUUAUUGAGCACAUAGACAAUACUAUUUAGGUUCAGUUCGGAGUUAUUUGUUGAUGCCUCCUAUGAAAAGUCUGUAGAUAUUUGUAAUAAUAUGCUUUGAAAAGAAGGAACAUACAGUAGAGUUAGUGAUUAAUCUUAGGUUUAUUCAUGCAAAUGUUUACUUCUUCCCUGUUUCAAAACUGUGUAGAACUAUGACUGUAAUGGACCACGGAGUACUGAAAUGUUAGUGAGAAGGUGCAAUAUUACCCACAAUCAUACCACAGCAGCAGAUCCACCAUAUAGAAAGAAUGCCACAAUGCAUUGACAAUCAGUUAAGCAGGCACAUGCAGCAGCAGAGACAGAACCUUGUGCUAACACACUCACAAAAUGUCUAGGUGCCGUGUGAUGAGACAUACGGGUAGAAACAUUUUCAAAGCACAUGAUGAUCAUAGCAAAUUGUUUAGACAAAUGGGAUCUUGGUUGAACGGUCAUUACAUUUCUGGCGUGAUCCAGGGACAGCAAGGAAGACGGUGUGAGGGGUGUAUGGGGAGGGAGGACCAUCACGGUGAAGUGGGGUCCUCGCAAUCCAUACAGAUUGCUCUGGUAGGGCAUGAAUGAGGCAUCAGACUGUCUAUAGCCCUGUUUAUACCUGGUACUAACAUGUGCCCCAAGUCCUGAUCUGGUCCACAUUCUGAUUGUGCCCACAUUUUCAGAUGGGUGUAGACUAUUAAAAGACACAAUGUGAUCAGAUCUUCCUGACCCCCUCCGGAGGUAGGAAGGCACGCACUGUCUGGAUCUCAAUCAAGUGAAAGCAGAUAUGGAUGGUCAAACCAUUUAAAUCAUUAUGCCAGCCUCUAAAAUCAUUGACAGGUAGCACAAGUGACUUAUGGCAUCAGUAAAUAAAUGUAAAGAAACA